AAGCAAAAAAGUAUUGUGUCUGGUCAAAGGUAUGCCUGUGAAAUUUGUGAGACUUCCGGAGAAGUACGAAGUUACAGCUGUGCUAAAAGCUUAAAAAGACAUCUGCGUCAACAUCACAAACAUCCAGAACCCUCUGCACAAGCGCCAGGAACGGCUUCGGUGUGUGUAUGCAACGAACCUAGCUGCGAUUUUCGGUAUCGGCACAUGGGCCAAUUCGUUCAGCAUCUCGCCAAAAUGCAUGGACUUGAACAUCGAAAUAUUGAUCAAAGUUUUGCUGGAGAAGAGGAGUUUAAUAACUGGAAGCUAGCAACUCAAGAGUAUACAUAUUCCCAGUUCAAUAAGUAUGCUGGCGCUACCAAGUCAAAGGAUGUGACAUGGCAAACCUAUCUGUGCUUCCGCAGUCCCAGAACGGAAGCUGAAGUAUCUUCAGCCACGUUAACUUUCCGGUGUUCAGCAUUCUUCAAGCUGUACCGUAGCGGAAGCGGAGUGAGCAUUCGUGGAUGCUUGGAUCAUUAUGGUCACGAGCCAGCCGAGGAUGUUGCACAACAAAAAAUUCCGGACAGCAUAAGACAAGAAAUUGCAGCACGAAUAAAUUUGGGCGUUCCACCCCGGAAAAUUGUUCGCGAUCUUAGACGAUCAGCUUUUCAGAACUAUCAGAACUCUGGACUUCCUCACAGACUGGCUUUUUUGACCCUUCAAGACGUAUAUAAUGUCCGGCGUGAGUACGGUUUGGAUUACCAUUCCACUGACCCCGACGAUCUUUCCAGUAUUGCUCUUGAAGCUGCACGACAAUCCUCGCUACCGGACGAAGAAAAGUCUAUACUUUUUUUCAAAAAUUUUGGGGAACAAUCGGGUCUAUAUCCGGAAAUAAAAGACUCGCAUUUUAUUUUGAUUGUGCAGACGGAUAUUCAGAAAAAACAGCUAAGUAACCUUAGCUGUCGGAGUGUAUGCAUCGAUGGUACGCAUGGAAUUACCGGACGCCCUGAAUUUAAGCUAAUCACCUUAGUGGCACUGGACGACAAGCAGCGGGGAAUUGUUGUUGCACACUGCAUAAGCAACCACGAGGACGAGAUUUCUGUGACUCAUUUGUUCAAAGCUCUCGAAGGCCAACUGAAAAGCAAGAACGUACAAUGGUUUUUAUCAGAUGACGCUAACGCAUUUUAUAAUGCAUGGAAGAACAUUUUUGGAAAUGCCGCACAGAAAAUUCUUUGCAUUUGGCAUGCCCGGAAAAAUGUCAAUCAAUGGCUUGAUCGCCGUUUGAAAUCACUGCGGUCC